GAAUGGCGCUACCAAUGUACGCUCGCGUCCCAACCUACGCGAACGAUCAACAAAAGCGAAAUUCGAAGUGAUAAUGCUCCUGUUCCACAAUUGUAAGCCCUGUUAUCCUGUUACUUGUCGCGCUCAUGGUACACGACUGCUUUGGGACAAGCCGGACGGCCAAAUGUUAGUCUUGCCGCACUAUCAGGCAGAUGAGUGUCGGAUGACCAUGCAGCAGCAGGCGCAAGGCAUGGUUGGACUCUGAGGACCGCAUGCCCCAUCUGGUGGGCACCUUUUUGUUUUCGCCUGACCUGGAUCUCUUCGAGGUUUAAAGGCGCGAGCCCUAGAAUGUUGUGGAUCGAUUUACCGUCGGCGAGACCACACAUUCGUUCAUGGGCCAACCAAAGAAUCUGAGCUUCCAAGAGAGUUUCCAUUUGUUCGAGGCAUUCGAAAGCGAGAUCUCACCCUCGGUGCACCACGGUCGGGAGAUGACCCCUCAGGAUGGUUCCUUCACGCUGGUAAUAGAGAUGCGGCAGGCCACAAAGCCUCUCUUUUCUGAACACAGGUCUUCUCUACAGAUUCCGUCAGGGUCGCUGGUAUUCAUGUCGGGCGCCGAUGAGAUACCAUCGCGCGGCACCAUGUCUCUGCUCAAAGCUCGCAACUCGCCGCUGCUAUUACAUCUGCAGAUGCGCACAUAUCUCUAUUCAUACUAG